AUGAGUCACUGCAGCAGCCGCGCCCUGACCCUGCUGAGCAGCGUGUUUGGCGCGUGCGGCCUGCUGCUCGUGGGCGUCGCGGUCAGCACGGACUACUGGCUCUACAUGGAAGAGGGGACGGUGCUGCCGCAGAACCAGACCACGGAGCUCAAGAUGGCGCUGCACGCCGGCCUGUGGCGCGUCUGCUUCUUCGCAGGCCGGGAAAAGGGUCGCUGCGUGGCCUCAGAAUAUUUCCUUGAACCGGAGAUCAACUUGGUGACGGAGAACACGGAGAAUAUUCUGAAGACAGUGCGCACAGCCACCCCCUUCCCCAUGGUCAGUCUCUUCCUCGUGUUCACCGCCUUCGUCAUCAGCAACAUCGGCCACAUCCGCCCACAGAGGACCAUUCUGGCCUUCGUUUCUGGCAUCUUCUUCAUCCUAUCGGGCCUCUCCUUGGUGGUGGGCUUGGUUCUUUACAUUUCCAGCAUCAACGACGAGGUCAUGAACAGGCCCAGCAGCUCUGAGCAGUAUUUCCACUAUCGCUACGGGUGGUCUUUUGCCUUCGCAGCUUCCUCCUUCCUACUCAAAGAGGGAGCUGGCGUGAUGUCCGUGUACCUGUUCACCAAGCGCUACGCGGAGGAGGAGAUGUAUCGUCCGCACCCGGCCUUCUACCGCCCGCGUCUCAGCGACUGCUCCGACUACUCGGGCCAGUUUCUGCAGCCCGAGGCGUGGCGCCGCGGCCGCAGCCCCUCCGACAUCUCUAGCGACGUAUCCAUCCAGAUGACGCAGAACUACCCUCCAGCCAUCAAGUACCCGGACCACCUGCACAUCUCCACCUCGCCCUGCUGAGGCCCCGCCCCCGGAGAGCCCCUCUUCCUCCUCUUCCUCCUC